AAUUUGUCAACAGAUGGCUGCGAUAUUUAAUGCUGCUAGAUUACAAAACAAGAUUGUCCUGAUCACCGGUGCCUCGGGAGGAAUUGGUGCUGCUACGGCUGUUCUCUUUGCAAGGGCUGGGUCCAACGUCAUUCUCGCAGCUCGCAGAACCGAAGCCCUGAAGAACGUAGCUGCAGCGUGUGAAGCAGCGCACAAACAAUCCGGUCAUCAAGCUGGAGGAAAGUUCGCUACAGUUCAGCUCGAUGUAUCGGAUCGAGUAGCAGUCGGUAAGCUCUGGGAAAAAGUACCGAACGACCUGAGGAAUGUGGACAUUUUAGUGAACAAUGCUGGAUUCGUACUGGGAGUGGAGAAAGUCGGGGAGAUCGCUGAGACUGACAUGGAAGCGAUGUUCAAUACGAACGUAUUCGGCUUGAUCGCGGUGACUCAACUCUUGAUCAAAGAUUUUAAGCAGAAGCGAUCUGGUCAUAUCAUCAAUAUUGGCAGCGUUGCGGGGCGGGAGCCGUACGCGGGCGGAGCGAUCUAUUGUGCUACAAAGCACGCCGUAAAAGCGUUUACGGGAUCAUUGCUCCGUGAGGUUGUAGAUACUCCCAUCCGAGUUACGGAAAUCCAGCCUGGGUUGGUCGAGACCGAAUUCUCCGUCGUUCGCUACCGGGGGAACAAAACAGCAGCAGACAAAGUUUACGAAGGGUUGGAACCACUGGUCGCCGAAGAUGUCGCUGAAGAGGUUGUAUGGGCCGCAUCUCGGCCUCCUCACGUCAAUAUUGCCGAGUUAUACGUUUUACCUGUCAACCAAGCAAGCCCUGGGAUUGUUUCUAGAGGACCAGCGUAGGCUCGCCACCGGCGUGACGUCGUGAUGAGGCGGCCGUGCCGGUGUGGAAGGGGCAACAUACACAAUGCGUGUAUAUAGUCUAUUAGAGGCUGCAAGCACAAGCCUCAAUCCGUAGAGUGACGAUCAAAGCACUGUGAAAUAAUCUGCUUGAACAGAUCUUUUCAUGUCCCAGCAUGGAGGCUCCUAACAAGAGUUUUUGCUACUAUAAAGUCAUCUUUGCUCAUGGAUUGAUCCUUAUCGAAUUGAAGGGGUGAGGCAUUUUUGCAUCUCUUUGGUAGCUUCUGGCCGUAAUAAUAAACCUGUUGCGACUGU